UUUCCCGCUCUCACCCUUGUUCAGAGCCCUAGGUGUGAGCUCGUUUUCAAGGAGCACUCUUAAGUUCUUCACGAAGGUUCUGAAUGAAAUGAUUGAACAACGGAAGGCUGAUUUGAAGGAAGGAAAGAUGAAAAGACAAGACUUCUUUCAACUCCUGAUGGACGCAGGGGGUGAUGGGACUGACACUCAAGGUGGAUCUCAGAAAAAAAAAAAUGACCAACGACGAAAUAAUAGGUCAGGCUUUGUUAUUCUUCAUUGCUGGAUACGAAACAACGGCCAACACCCUCCAUUUUGUUGCCUACUCCCUGGCAAAGAACCCGGAUGUACAAAAGCGGCUCACGGAAGAGAUCGAUUCGGUUUUGGGAGAUAAAACUCCAGACUAUGACAAUAUUGGCGGCCUGAAAUACAUGGAUCACGUGAUCACGGAGACUCUCAGACUGUAUCCUGCUGUAUCUUUAGUAGGACGUAACGUAACGGAGACUGUCACCAUUAAGGGUUUCACGUUCCCCAAGGGCUGUGCUGUCAGCAUCCCUACCUUCGCGAUACACAGGGAUGGUGAUAUAUACCCUGACCCCGAAAGCUUCAAGCCUGACAGAUGGGAGCGGAAGUCUGAAAUGGACCCUAUAAAUUAUCUCCCCUUCGGUCAUGGUCCCCGUCAGUGUGUGGGAAUAAGGCUUGCACAGGUGGAAAUGAAGAUGGCGCUUGGUCGGAUUCUCCAAAAGAUUCAGUUUGUGGCAACGGAGGACACCUUGGCAUCCGUCGGAAUGGACGACGUCAUUGUAUACACAGGCAUAUUGAACACCAAGAAACCAAUCAUGCUCAAGGUCAAAGUCCGGCCUGACAAGUGAUGUGGGAAACCUCAACAGCGCCCUUCAGACCCUGGAUGCGCUAAGAUGCUGCUCUAGAAUCUCUUGUGUUUGCUUCAAGGCCAUCAACUAUUGUUAAAAUCCCUAGAAUAGAUUGUUGCCUAAUAUACACUAAACGCCAAAAGAAACUUUACCCUCCUUCCUUAAUGACGGAGGUGCCUAUCUUCAGCUGGCGUUGUGAUGCGUG